AUGGCUUCUAACCGCCAAUAUGACCUGGUGCUGCUCGGUCCAACCGGCUACACCGGUCGUUUCUGCUCGGAGCACAUUGUGCAGAACCUCCCUACCGAUCUGAAAUGGGCCAUCGCAGGUCGGUCUGCGCAGAAGAUGGAGCCCAUUGCUAAGGAGCUCAAGGUCCUCAACCCAGACCGCGCUGAUCCAGAUGUCCUGGUAGUUCAGCUGAAUUCCGGUGAACUCAACGAACUAGCCCAGAAGACGCGGCUCAUUAUUAACUGCGUGGGCCCUUACCACUUGUACUCGACCCCGGUUGUCGAGGCAUGUGCUGUGAAUGGAACUCACUAUGUCGAUGCGACUGGAGAGACCCCAUGGAUCAAAUUGAUCAUUGAGAAGUACCACGAGACUGCCAAGGCAAACGGUGCAAUUAUGAUCCCCUCCACUGGUGUUGAGAGUGCCCCAGCCGAUGUUCUAGCAUGGUCUCUGGCCAAGCGAGUCCGCGAGGACCUCUCAUCCCCAACCCGCCAGAUUGAUGGAACGAUCAAGGAGAUGAAAUCCUCCGGGCCUAGCGGUGGUACUCUGAACACCAUCCUUACCAUGUUUGAUUGGCUUCCCGUAUCCGAGCUAUCCAGAUCAAUGACCCCCUUCGCGCUGUCUGCGUCACCCUCACCAAACAAAAUGCCUAGCGAGACCAUCCUCGAGAAAGUCUUCGGUGUGCGCGCAAUCCGCGACCUGGGAACAGUCACUACUUCCCCAUCUGCCAUCGCCGACAUCACCAUCGUUCACCGCAGCAGCAGUCUCAUGCCCGAGCUAUACGGCCAGAAAUUCGUCUUCCGUCAAUUCCUGUCGGUGCGUAAUGCACUCGUUGGAAUUGCACUGCACCUUGGUUUCGCUGCUGGACUCACGCUACUCCUAUUCUCGCCUGUGCGGUGGUUGUUGCGGAAGUUUGUCUUCGCACCUGGCGCGGGCCCGAGUCGCGAGGAAUCAACUAACGAUCGUCUCGAGUAUAAUGCUAUUGCUACUGCGGAUAAUGCUGAGAAGCAGCGUGUCUUUGGUAAGAUUUCUUUCGCGGGCAGCAUGUACGUCUUCACUGGGCUUUUGAUGGCUGAGGCUGCGAUGGUGAUUCUUAACGAGGAGGAGAAGAUCAAGAAGAUCUCCCGGGGCGGUAUCGUCACCCCUGCUACUUUGGGUCAGGACUAUGUGGACCGCUUGGAGAAGGUCGGCUGCAGUGUUGAGACUAAGGUCUUCCAGCAUUAA